AUGUAAUUUUUUGCCUCUCAAAAUAAAUGCCUUUCUUAAUCACUUCUUCUAUAAUAAUGUUUGAAUUUUCUUUUGCCUAAAUAUCACAAUUUUUUUUUGCCUUUGAACAGUCUUCAUGAUAUUAAAAUUGGGGCACUGGCAUUGAGCAUCAAAACUCAACUUACUAAUCUCUCAAUUCUGAUUCAACUUUAUAGCAUCUUUAAAUAGAAUAAAUAAAUUCUGAAAACCCACUCUAUGAAAUUACAACCUUUAUUGAGAUAUAUGUGUUAAAGUUAUGCAAUUUAGAGAAAACAAUUGAAACUUAAAAUUGGAAUUGAAUUUCACAAAGGAUAUUAAAACUAAAUAUGCUUUAAGAGUUACAAUUUUUAAGAGCUGGAGAUUAUCUAGAAUAUUAGGAAAAGCAAGAAACUAAAUUUCUACACAACCAUUUCAAAAUAAUUUAAGUAGAUUAAUGAGAUUAAUUGAUUUGUGUAUAAAUAAUUGGUAUAUAAUUAAUUGUUUAUGAGUAAUAAAUAAAUAAAAAGUAAUAGAGAAAUGAAUAAAAAUGUAGGAACAAGAAACGAUGUUUAUCAAAAACAGAUUAUCGAAUGCUUUGAAGAUGUAUAAAAUCAGAUUGAAGUAAUAUAUGUGAUUAAUCAAUUUACUAGUGUUCAUUCAACAAAAUGGACUGUUAUUUAGAUUCACUUCUUAAUGAUACUUCUGAUUCAUUGAAUCUAAAUACCUUUUAAAAACAACAUUGUAUACCUAUAUUGAACACUCCUUUAAUUAAAUUUGAGAAUUCAAACUUUGCUUAAUCAUUAAGUUAAGACAUAUAAUCAUUAAUCAAACUUAAUAUUAACAAUUAACUAGAAAUCAAAGACCAAUAAUUAAAUUAAACUAAUCAAUUAAAUCUCAAACCAUUCACUUAUCAAUUAAUCCCACAAUAUAAAAUUUCAUAAACUGAAUAGUGUUAUACAAUAGCUAUUAAUGAAGAUUGUUCAAUAUUAUUAGUUGGAUGUAAUUAACAAAUAAAAGUAUUUGAAUUCAAGUAAGGAAUCACUAAACAAACUUAAAUUUUGAGUGACCAUAAGAAUCGUGUAUGGACUUUAAAUUUCAUGAAGAAAUCAAAUUAGUUUAUAUCUGGGAGUGAUAGUUCUAUGAUUAUAUGGUAAUUAAAUUAGAAUAAUUAUUGGAUUCCCUUACACAAAUUAAAUGGACAUACUGGUUCUAUAUAUUGUCUAAUAUUAAAUAACAAUGAAGAUUUAAUUGUAUCAGGAAGUUAUGAUUAUACAAUUAAAUUUUGGAUGAAAACGAAUGAAUGGUCGUGUUACUAAACAAUCAAAGAUCAUUCUAGUUAAGUAUUAGGUUUAAGUUUAAAUUUAUAAUAAAAUAGAGUUGUAUCUUGUAGUUGGGAUAAAUUAAUAUUAAUAAUGGAACAAUAAGGACAGAAUAAAGAAUGGAUUGUAAUAUAAAAGAUUACACUUGAAUAAUGGGCAUUGCGAGUAUGCUUUAUUGAUAAUAAUAUGUUCACAUUAUCAGAACAUGGCAAAGAAUAGAUAUCUAUUUUUGAGAUGAACAGGACAAAUCAAUAGUUUACAAAGACUACAGAUAUUCAAGUAAAAUGUGAAUAAGAUAGGAAUAGUUUAUUUCCUUAAUAAUAUAUAAAUUCAAAAUGCAUUCUUGUGAGUAAGAAUGGCGAAUAUGUCAAUUUGAUAAGGAAAACAUUAAAUGGACAGUUUGUAACUCAAUAAUCUAUUCAUUUUAAUACAAAUUCAUUAUAAGGAGUAAUGAGUGAUAAUGGAGAGUAUUUGAUCACAUGGGAUAAUCAAUCAAAUUAAAUACAAAUCAGAACAUAUUAAUAAUUAUGA